AUGGCUAUUUUUGCGUUAUUCUUGGUUCUAUUGCUGCAAUUGUCAACAAUUUUUGGCUCUGAGGUUGUCUUACAGUCAAAGAAUUGUGGCACUGAUUGGGUGGCACAUUCAUAUUCUAGUCAUGGUCAGGAACUGUUCUACAUAAACGGCAAUGUAGUGAACAAGGUUGCUUUCUGUGAGGGUCUCCAAUUGUAUACUGAAAAGGGGUGUGAUGUUAAGGACUACUUUGGAAGUGUCAAAUGUGUGACGGAGGUUUCUUUUGUGGAUUUGCCUUUAAAGGAAGGGAGGAAACUUCUGAAAAAGGAUUCAGAUAGUGAAUCCACAUCACAAGGAGAUCCUAAGCCUCUGUCAGCUCACGUGGUUGGUAUUUCUGCAGGGGGAGCUUUGUUUGUAUGUUGCCUUGUUCUUUGUCCUUGUUUCUUUAGCAAGAGAAAGAAGGCAACUUCUCAUGCUGUUCUUGCCAAGGACCCCAAUUCAAUGGAUUCGGUUUCAUCCUUUGAAGCCUCCGUCACUGAAAAGAUUCCGGCCAGUCCACUUCGGGUGCCACCUAGUCCGUCAAGAUUCUCAAUGUCUCCAAAACUCAGUAGACUUCAAUCAUUGCAUCUCAAUCUGAACCAAAUUACAAGAGCUACACAUAACUUUUCAGAAACAUUACAAAUAGGAGAAGGGGGUUUUGGAACUGUCUACAAGGCCAAGUUGGAUGAUGGCCUGGUUGUGGCUGUAAAACGUGCAAAAAAGGAACAUUUUGAUAGUUUGAGAACAGAAUUCAGCAGUGAAGUUGAACUUCUGGCCAAAAUUGAUCAUCGAAACCUGGUGAAGCUACUAGGUUAUAUUGACAAAGGAAAUGAACGCCUUCUUAUUACAGAGUUUGUGCCAAAUGGUACCCUUAGAGAACAUUUGGAUGGUAUGCGUGGAAAAAUACUAGACUUCAAUCAGCGCCUUGAAAUUGCAAUUGAUGUUGCCCAUGGCUUGACCUAUCUGCAUCUUUAUGCAGAAAAGCAAAUUAUACAUCGAGAUGUGAAAUCAUCCAACAUUCUUCUGACAGAAAGCAUGCGAGCUAAAGUUGCUGAUUUUGGAUUUGCAAGGCAAGGGCCGGUGAACACUGAUCAGACACACAUUUCUACCAAAGUGAAGGGAACAGUUGGUUAUUUGGACCCUGAGUAUAUGAAAACAUACCAACUCACUCCCAAGAGUGAUGUUUACUCAUUUGGAAUUUUGCUUUUAGAAAUUGUGACAGGUCGCCGUCCCGUUGAGUUGAAGAAAACUGUUGAAGAGCGGGUUACACUUAGAUGGGCUUUCAGGAAGUACAAUGAAGGAAGCGUAGUGGAGCUGGUGGAUCCUUUAAUGGAAGAAGCUGUAAAUGGAGAUGUUCUAAUGAAGAUGUUUGAUUUGGCAUUUCAAUGCGCAGCUCCAAUUAGAACAGAUAGACCUGACAUGAAAUCAGUGGGCGAGCAAUUGUGGGCAAUAAGGGCAGAUUACCUCAAGAGUGCAAGGAGAGAAUAA